UAAGAAGAAGAGCAAGCAUGACAAAGAGUUUGUAGUGUGUUAGUAUACUUUUCUGCCAGCGUGGCGCUAGUGUGAUGUCUUCGACGAAACGGAGAAGUGGGGUAUAUUGAGAUUAACAGUAUUUGCUUUGGAUACUACAUUGAACAAAGCGAAAUUUUUCAAACAAAGUUUUCACUAUGCAGAGUCCCAGGGAUACCGUGGUCUCAGGUUGAAAUAACCCAAAAUUGAGUUGAAAUCCCGUCUCCGUGUAAAAAUGGCGAUCUUGUUGCCUUUCGACCCAAAAUUACAAUCCCAUACUUUGCGAACUGAUGCACUUUUUGCAGCUCUCUGCUCACCAAGUGCAUCACUAUUUAUUUUGUGUUUGUCGCGUUUGGUUUGUCCGCAUUGAAAAUUUUGCUUUUUCCAUUUUUCAACAAUUUAAAUUUAAAUCAAUCGUAUAUUUUGUGAGAUAUUUGUGAAUCAAUCUUUCGGCUGCUUUCUGGUUGACAAAGAAAUGUCAGAAAAGCAGAUAUUUGCCGGACCUCAGAAAAGAAGGGGGGUCCAUGACUUACAGAAACAGGACAAUGCCACUCCGAGCCCCGAAGUUCCUCCCAAUUCAACUUCUUCCGACUGCGAUGGAAAAAAUACACGCCAGUUGACCGAUAAUGAAAACCGUCCUCAGAGGGCACCGAAAGAUAAUAGUCAAACAGGAUUAGUCGAAGAAUUCAAUGAAAGUGCCCAACUAACAGAUGACGAAGGGCCUGUUGAGAGGGCUAGAUGCGAAUCAAAAGAGCCGGAGGAACCCGAAGUAGAGAUCCCAGAAUUUCAGUCGAAUCUUGAGACGCAUCCGGAGCCUCAUGGUCAGCUAAAAGUAAACGCUAAUUUUCGGAAUAUCGCAGUUGCUGCCGUGGUGGUCGUAUUCAUUGGGGUGUUCCUUGGGAUGUGGUUUUUAAAGAACAAAUCAAAACCGUUCAACGAAAACAUUCUGGAACUGCAGUCCAAGUACCCGAACACGGAUGACAUGUUGUGGUCCACCCUAAUCGUAGGCGUUAAUCGGUCCGUUUAUCGGAACCCCGGAGAACCGGCCACUUUCAUCUUCCUGUACAAUUCCUCAAACGUGGUUCAAUCGCUUCUAGACGACGUCACCCGGAUCACAACCGACUGUUUCAGAACCGGUGACGCUAUCUGGCAAACCAGUGACGACUUCCAAUCGGCCGAGAUUACCCAAGACUACGGAAUCGUGCUCGAACGGUACCGGAAGGAACUCAGAUCGAAAGGAGUGCUGGUGGUGCGAGAUCUGGAUCGGGUGCCUCCGACUGCGGCCAAUAUAUUCUUCACCAUCUGCGACUCGUACGAACCGCUGGUGCACAAAGCGGUCAUAUUCUUCACCAUCGAUAUCUCCCGACAGCCCAAACAUGUGGUAAAUCCGGAGCGCAGUGCCACCUCGAUAGCCGAGGGGAUUCUGAAGGAUUCGUGGCGCGAGGAGCUGAAGCCGAAUACGCUGGAUCCGUUGGUGGUUCGCCUGACGGAGAACGUUUUCAGAAUCGACUGAUAGCUGCAUGACUUAUUCUAGAUAGUAAGCAAAUUUGUUGCAAGUGAUAAUAUAUUAUAUUCUGUAAUUUAUGCCAUCAUUAUAUGCAUAUUUUGAUUGUGAAUGGCAGAUGUGGGAGCGACUGAAUACUUUAGAGACCUUAGGCCAGAAAAAAAAAGAUACCGAAUAGCAACUAGGAGAUAAGAAUUUCACAGAGAAUCCCAUCAGACAUUUUUCUAAGUAUGUUUAUAAACAGGGAACGUAUCAUA